AUGGCCUCCAUGUCAGUCGCCACUGCCAAUCCCGAGUUCGACCUCGUCCCACUGGGAAGUUCGUACGAAAACCACACCACACGCAGAAUGAUAGUCGAUCGUGGAGAAGGCAACCAGGGUGCGGCAUUUCGUAGAUAUGCUGCAAGUGUAUCGCAUGUCGAUGCCGUUUCCACUGUCCACGUUGCCAUUAACAACAGCUACGCGUCUGAAAAGGGCGCCCUCCCUGCCGUAGAUCGACGAGCAGUGGAGUUAGCAAGAGCAAGUUGGCCUUGGACAGGUACACAGAAGGAGCCACUGGAAAGAUGA